UCGAGAACCAACGGACGGCCGUGGGAGAGCCGAUGGGCUCUAUAUAUGGCCAUGCUCUGCCGAGGCAGAAGCACAACACGAGCUAAUUGCAGCAGAGUAGCAGUUGGUAUACAUUCUUGCGACCUCUAUGGCUCCGGUGUUGUGCUCUAGCACGAGUUCUGAGAUCAGGAUCGGAGAGGUCGAAGACAUCCAGGAGCUGCGGAGAGCUCGGCCGACGACCGUCCCCGAGAGGUACGUGCGGGACACGAACGAGCGGCCGGCUCUGUCGACGAUCCUCCCCUCCUCUCUGAGUGUCCCUGUCAUCGACUUAUCGAAGCUGGUCUGCGGCACCAAAAGACAGAGCCAGGAAGAGAUGGCAAAGCUCACCGCUGCCUGCGAGGAGUGGGGCUUCUUCCAGGUGAUCAACCAUGGGAUAGAGAAAGAGUUGCUGGAGACCAUGGAGAGGGUGGCGAAGGAGUUCUUCAUGCUACCUUUGGAGGAGAAGGAGAAGUAUCCAAUGGCGCCAGGCACGAUUCAGGGGUACGGCCAUGCCUUCGUCUUCUCGGAGGAUCAGAAGCUGGACUGGUGCAACAUGCUUGCACUUGGUGUGGAGCCUGCCUUCAUUAGAAAGCCUCAUCUCUGGCCUACAAACCCAGCUAAUUUAAGCUACACAUUGGAGAAGUACUCGAAAAGCAUACGAAGGCUCUGCCAGAUUUUGCUCAUGUUCAUAUCGAGGAGCCUUGGAUUGAGCCCAAACUACUUCGACGAGAUGUUCGGCGUGGCGGUGCAGGCCGUAAGGAUGAACUACUACCCUCCAUGCUCGAGGCCAGACCUCGUUCUGGGGCUCAGCCCUCACUCCGAUGGCAGCGCCCUGACCGUGCUGCAGCAAGACACGGCAUCCGUCGGCCUGCAAAUUCUAAAAGACAACGCCUGGGUGCCCGUCCACCCCAUCGCCGAUGCUCUCGUCAUCAACAUCGGUGACACGAUCGAGGUCCUGACGAAUGGCAGGUACAGGAGCGUGGAGCACAGAGCCAUCACCAACAAAGAGACCGACAGGCUCUCGGUGGUCACCUUCUAUGCUCCGAGCUACGACGUCGAGUUGGGCCCUGUUCCUGAGCUCGUCAAUGACCAGCAGCCAUGCAGGUACAGGCGAUUCAAUCAUGGCGAGUACAGUCGCCACUACGUCACCAACAAGCUGCAGGGCAAGAAGACCCUGGAAUUUGCCAAGAUUCAGACAAGCUACUGAGCAAGAAAGCCAAACUCUAGACUUCUCCAAGUACAUUCCCCUACUAUGUCGACAUGUCUAAGCAGAAUGAUUAGCCAAGCAUGUUGUGUUAAAGAUAUUUACACGAAGUGUGUAAUGGGAUGUGUGAUCAUAUUAAGGUGAAUAUAAAGCCACCCAUCUUGACUUUUGAACGCA